AUAGCAGCAGCCAUACCAAAAGAUGUAGAUUCGUCCAAUAUUAAAGUGGUCACGCCGGGACCCAAAACCACGAACGUAACGAAAGGUUUUGACUUGGUCCAAAAAGAGGUGACACGAUUAAACGUAACUCCCAGGUCGCAAUCGCCCGCUUCGGGAAGAGUGACGCCGGUGAACGCGCCGGACCAAAAUGACGAAACCAAAGGCGCGAAGCAGAAGGACAGCAAGUUGGACGCGAACGAGCAGUACAAAAAGGAACGGGGAGGCGCCAAGGAAAACCUGUACAUGGUAGUAAUAGGACACGUCGAUGCGGGCAAAUCGACGCUAAUGGGACACCUGCUGUGCGCUUUAGGCCAGGUAAACCAAAAAACUAUGCACAAGUACGAGCAAGAGAGUCGAAAGGUCGGAAAGCAGAGUUUCAUGUACGCGUGGGUUUUGGACGAAACUGGCGAGGAGAGGAAUCGUGGUAUUACUAUGGACGUGGGGCGUUCGCAGUUCGAAACCGAGACAAAAUUGGUAACUUUAUUAGAUGCACCCGGUCACAAGGAUUUCAUACCGAACAUGAUUUCGGGAGCAGGUCAGGCGGACGUCGCCCUACUAGUCGUCGACGCAACUCGAGGCGAGUUCGAGACCGGUUUCGAUUUCGGCGGUCAGACGCGCGAGCACGCUCUACUUGUACGUUCCCUAGGUGUGGGGCAGUUGGCCGUCGCCAUAAACAAGUUGGAUACGGUCAUGUGGUCGCAGGAGCGGUUUAACGAAAUUGUCCAAAAACUUAAAGUGUUUCUCAAACACGCCGGUUUCAAGGAGAGCGACGUUGCGUUUGUACCGUGCAGCGGUCUCACUGGUCAAAACUUGAUCAGGAAGCCUACGGAAAGCGAGCUGUUGCAGUGGUACUCCGGCCCGUGCUUACUCGACGUGAUAGAUAACUUUAGAACGCCAGAGCGGCCAGUGGCGAAACCGUUUCGAUUUUCGAUCAAUGACGUUUUUAAGAGUACUGGAUCGAACUUUUGCGUAUCCGGACGCGUCGAAACUGGCACCUUGUGCUUGGGCGAACGCGUGCUGGUAUGUCCGAGCAGGGAGCUGGCAACGGUUAAAGGAUUAUCGAUCGAAGAAGUCAGCCAACAGACCGUGUUUGCCGGUGAUCAGGUGUCGGUGACCUUGUCCGGAAUUGAUAUUCAAAAUGUCAGUAUAGGGUACAUACUUUGCCUUCCUCAGAAUCCGGUGCAGAUUGCCUCUAACUUUCAAGCUCGUAUUGUGGUCUUUAACGUUACUGUUCCCAUCACCAAAGGAUACUCGGUUGUCAUGCACCAUCAAAGCCUAGUCGAACCGGUUAUUGUUUGUAAAUUAAUCAACCAAUUGCACAAAAGCACCGGAGAAAUUAUGAACAAACAUCCGCGCUGUUUGAGCAACAAUUCGAGCGCUACCGUAGAAAUAAAGUCGUCCAGACCUUUGGCGAUUGAGCUGUAUAGCGAGUGCAAAGAGUUAGGUAGGAUUAUGUUACGAGUUGGCGGUGUUACCAUUGCGGCCGGUUUAAUUACGAAGAUUAUCUUAUAAGCGUUAACACAUAAAAUGUGUUUUUUUUUGUAAAUGAUGAAAAUGUAAAGAUAAUAGACUGACAUUUUUUGUUA